CAGGCCGGGCCCUACGAGGACUCGGCCGCGCCGGCGCCCGGCUCGCGCGGCGCCCGCAUCCGUUGCUAUGACGACACCGGCAAGCCACAGCGGUGCAUCCCGCCGUUCGAGAACGCGGCGUUCCAGCUGCAGGUGGAGGCGACCAACACGUGCGGCGAGCUGCAGCCGUCCGAGUUCUGCGUGCAGACGGGCACGGCGGGCAGCCGCAAGUCGUGCGACAUCUGCGUCGCGGGCACGCACCCGCCCUCCUUCCUCACCGACUUCAACAACAACGAGAACGUCACCUGGUGGCAGUCCGAGACCAUGUACGAGGGUGUCCAGUACCCCAACCAGGUCAACCUGACGCUCCGGCUCGGGAAGGCGUUCGAUAUCACGUACAUACGACUUUGGUUCUACUCUCCUCGACCUGAGAGCUUCGCCAUCUACAAGAGGACUACCCAGAGCAGUCCCUGGGUGCCAUAUCAAUUCUACAGCGCGACGUGCCGGGACACGUACGGGCUGCCAGACAACAACUACGCGCGACGCGGCGACGAGGCUCGCGCGUUGUGCACGUCGGAGUACUCGGACAUCUCGCCGCUGACCGGCGGCAACGUGGCCUUCUCCACGCUGGAGGGGCGGCCCUCCGCCUACCAGUUCGACUCCACGCCAGAACUCCAGGACUGGGUGACGGCCACGGAACUCCGCAUCACUCUGGACAGGCUCAACACGUUCGGUGACGAGGUGUUCGGAGACGCGCAGGUGCUUCGAUCCUACUUCUACGCCAUCUCGGACUUCGCUGUCGGCGCCAGGUGCAAGUGCAACGGGCACGCGAGCGAGUGCAUCUCCGUGACGGACCUGUCCGGGCAGCCGGUGCGCGUGUGCCGCUGCGAGCACAACACGGCGGGGCCCGAUUGCAACGAGUGCCUGCCAUUCUACAACGACGCGCCCUGGGGCCGCGCCUCCGCCACCGACGCCCACGAGUGCAGAGCGUGCAACUGCAACGGCUUCUCGAACAGAUGCUUCUUCGACAAAGAUCUGUAUGAGAAAACGGGCCACGGAGGACAUUGUAUCGACUGCACCGGCAACAGAGACGGGCCAAAUUGCGAACGCUGCAAGGAGAACUUCUACCAGCGUGAAGAUGGCUACUGCAUCGCGUGCAACUGCAACGAGAUUGGUUCAAGGAGCUUACAAUGCAAUCGUGAGGGUCGUUGCCAGUGCAAGCCAGGUGUAACUGGUGAUAAGUGUGACCACUGUGAUGUUAAUUACUAUGAUUUCACCAGCCUUGGCUGCAGAUCAUGUGGGUGCAAUGCUGCUGGCAGUUAUGGAAAUGAGCCCAACUGCAAUCCUUAUACUGGUGCAUGCCAGUGUAAAGAGAAUGUUGAAGGAAAGCGCUGUGGGGGGUGUAAACCGGGAUAUUUCAACCUGGACAUUGAAAAUGAAUUCGGUUGCACACCUUGCUUCUGCUACGGCCAUUCAUCACAGUGUGAAUCGGCUCCUGGAUAUUCAAAAGUUACUAUUGAGAGUAUGUUUGCACGAAACAAUGAAAGGUGGUCUGCACAGGAUUACAGUGGCAAUCCUGUAAAGCUACUCUAUCACAGUAUUACACAGUCCAUUGGUGCAAAUGCUCCUGGUCGAGAUCCAGUAUAUUUUGUGGCACCAGACAGGUUUCUUGGAGACCAACGUGCCAGUUACAAUCAGCUACUGUCAUUCAACCUUAGAAUUGGAGAGAGUGGUCCAGGAGCUACUGUUGAAGAUGUAGUGAUAGAAGGUGCAGGAUUGACAAUCACCCAAGCAAUUUUUGGUCAGAGAAAUCCUUUGCCAUCUGUAGAGGCCCAGGAGUAUAAAUUCCGCCUGCAUGAACAUCCCCAGUACGGAUGGCAGCCAAGACUUUCAUCCAGAGAUUUCAUAAGUGUUCUUGCAAAUCUUACGGCAAUAUAUAUUAGGGGAACAUAUACUCCAGAAGGUGUUGGAUUCCUUGAUGAUGUCAGAUUAGAAACAGCUCAUCGUGGGGCAGCAGGUGAACCUGCCAGAUGGAUUGAAAGUUGUAGGUGCCUUGCUGGCUAUGUUGGUCAGUUCUGUGAAUCCUGUGAACCAGGAUUUCGCCAUGAGCCGGCCAAUGGUGGACCUUUUGCACCUUGUGUCCCAUGUAACUGCAAUGGCCAUGCAGACAUAUGUGAUGCUGAAACAGGUCGAUGCAUCUGUCAACAUAACACAGCUGGGGACAACUGUGACCGCUGUGCACGAGGAUAUUAUGGAAAUGCUCUGCAGGGAACUGCUUAUGAUUGCAAACCAUGCCCUUGCCCUAAGCAGGGACCAUGUAUACAGCUGCAAGAUGAAACUAUCAUUUGUCUUGAGUGUCCAAAAGGAUAUGGGGGUCCCAGAUGUGACCUGUGCAGUGAUGGGUACUUUGGAGAUCCAACUGGAAAGUUUGGCAGUGUUAAACUGUGUCAACCAUGCAAGUGCAAUGAUAAUGUUGACCCUAAUGCUGUUGGAAACUGUAACCGCACUACUGGAGAAUGUCUGAAAUGCAUUUAUAAUACAGGAGGACCAGAAUGUGACUCUUGCAUUCCAGGUUAUUUUGGAGAUGCUUUAGCUUUACCAAAAGGAGAUUGUAAACCAUGUCAGUGUUACCCUCCAGGAACUGUAGAAACAGGUUUUGGUCCUCCAGUAUGUGAUCAGAUAAGUGGGCAAUGUCAGUGUAAACCACAUAUUUAUGGCAAGAACUGUGAUCACUGUGAGGAAGGCUAUUACAACAUAAUAAGUGGCGAAGGCUGCCAGGCUUGCAGUUGUGAUCCUGUUGGUUCUCUGAACCACACAUGUGAUCUACAUACUGGACAAUGUCAUUGUCAACCUGGUAUAACAGGUCUUCGAUGUGAUGUAUGUGAACUCUACCACUAUGGUUUUUCCAUUGAUGGAUGCAAGGAAUGUGACUGUGAUCCUAUAGGAUCUGUGAACUUAACAUGUAGCCCUUGGGGUCAGUGCCCGUGUUAUGAAAAUGUUGAAGGCCGAAGAUGUGAUCGUUGCAAAGAAAACAAGUAUGAUCGUCAGCGUGGCUGCAUUGAUUGUCCAGCAUGUUACAAUCUUGUCCAGGAUGCUGCAAAUGUCCACAGAGCAAAACUCUAUAAAUUAAAAAAGGUCCUAGAUGAUAUUGCUAGUAAUCCUACAGUAAUAAGUGAUGAUAACUUUGAAAGAAGACUGAAAGAAGUUGAAGAGGCUGUUGGUCAUUUGUGGACUAGAGCAAAACAGGCUGUUGGUGGUGGUGGCAGGAGUUUAUCUGAACGUCUUGAUGAUCUGAUAAAGCGACUUGAAGCUGUUGGUAACAUAACAAAACAGAUUGACAGUGGUACAAGGAAAGCUGAGCUUGCUACCAGGCAAGGCGAAGAGCAUGUUACAGAAGCAGAAACAAUUAUUGAAGCAGCUUUACAGACUCUUAAGGAAACUAUGGAUCUGCUCCAGACUGAAGGUUAUCUUGCACUUCAGAAAGCGAAAGAACAGUCUGAUCAGUUUGGACAGCAGAGCAACCAGAUGUCUGAAAAUGCAAGAGAAGCAAGGAUAUUUGCAAGCGGCCAUGAACAAGAAGCCAAUGCUAUCAAACAGAUAGCUGAGAAAGCUGUCAACACCUCAACACAGGCAUACGAACUGGCAAAGCAAGCUGUUGAUCAACAACAGAAUCUGAGUGAUGAAAUCAGAAAACUUAGAAACGACAUAGAUUCUGCUGCAAAUCAGUUGGAACUCACAAAAGCACUGACAAAUGAUGCAAAGCAACGGGCAGAAAAAUCACAUACGGAUGCUCUUAACAUUUAUAGUGAAAUAUCUGCACUUCAUAUUCCACAAACUGAUAUUGCUAAGUUGAAAUCUGAUGCAGAAGCUAUAUCAACAAGGGCAAAGCAGAUCAGAGAGGAUGCAGAGGCAUUGCUGGAAUCAGAGACUGAAACACUUGAUGACCUUGAAGAGCAGUUAAUAAGAGCAGAAGAUUUAUUAGCUCAAGCCAUAGAGCAACAGCAGCAAGCUGAUGACCUUCUAGCAGAUGUUCAUGCAGCUUCAGAAGAAGCUGAAGAGGCACUCAAGUUAGCUAACAAAACUCUAGCUGAUGCACAGGAAACAUACAGUACUUUGCAAGCAUUCGACAAACAGGUGCAAGACAGCAAGGAUCUUGCUACUGAAGCAUUGGGACAGGUUCCUGAGAUAGAGCGGCUGAUAACUGAAGCUGAAAACAAGACCGAUAGAGCUCGGCAGGCAUUGGCAGGAGCUGUUCAGAAUGCCCAGUAUGCUAGAGAUACAGCUCAGGAGGCUCAAAAUAAAUUUGCAGAGCAAGCAUCACAGGAAGCUGACUCCAUUAGAAAACGAGCUAAUGAUACAAAAUCAGAGGCCGUAAGGCUACGUGAUGAAGCAGAUGCACUGUCUGGAAGAGUUGCUGUAACUGGCAACAAUGUCAAAUUAUUUGAAGACACUGCAAGCAAAGUCCGAAACUUAACUGAUGAGGCCAAAACAAAAGUUGGGCAAGCAAAAAGCAGUGCUGCGGAAGCUACAGAUCAGAUUCAGGCAGCAUUAGCUGAUGUUCAAGCAAUCAUAGAAGAACUUUCAAGGUUGCCUGAUAUAGAUGCAGCUGCAUUGGAUGACCUGGAAAGAAGACUUUCUGUUGCAGAAAAUGAAUUACGAAAUGCUAAUAUAGAGGAAAGAAUAGAAACACUCAAGUAUUACAGACUGGAACAGAACCAGUGGAUUAAGAGCCAUGAAGAAGAGCUAAGAAGACUGCAACAAGAAGUUGACAACAUAGAAGCCAUACAAGCUACUCUUCCAGAGGGAUGUUGGAAACGGCUAGUGCUGGAACCUUGAUUGCUUCAUUCACAUUAGUCUCCAUGAAAAACUAUGGCCUGUGAAAGCAGCAUUACAUACUAAACCUGCCAGUCAAAUGAAGAUGGUGUGCAGUGGAAUAAUGGUGCUCUCAUUAUAUUUGUAUUUAUUUGCGAAAAGUGACUGAAAAAGUGAAGGGAUUGUUGAAAUUUUCUUUAAAAGUGCAGUCUUAUGUUUUAUUGAAGGAUGGCGAGAAGAAAUCAUUUUUAAAUAUAUUAUUUUGUUGAUCACUGCCUGUAACAUAUUUAAUGAAGUCAUUAUCUAUAGUAAAAAGAACUGUUGUAAUGAUUACACGAAGCAUGCUUGCUGCUAAUAUGAACAGUCAUGUGAAUAUCAGUUUGUAUAGAUACUAAGAUUUUGAUAAGUGUUUAGGAUCUAAUGACUUUGUUUUAUGGGGUUGGCUAAUUAUAUGUUCUGCAAUACUGAGAAUUCUUUGCAGUAAGUAUACCAAAGAAACAAAGUACAUGUAUUGUAUUUUACCUACCUGAGGUCUUUGCUCUGUGAAAUAGGCUGUUAAUCCUCAUAAGCUGGAUCAGAUAUUGUGAAAACUAAGUCGGAGAAGUUAUUUUCAUAUCUUGAAGUCCUAGGAUGAAUAACACAAAAAUCUGUGAAGAGGAGAAGAUCAAACUAGGCAUAUAAUUUUUUCCAACAUUAUUGCUUUUCCUCAUUUAAAUGUAAAAUUAAUCAGUUGUUCAUAGUUGCAAUUGCCUGCAGUGCAAACAACUACAUUGCUGUAAAAUGGCUGUCGUGUUAUUUCCUCUUUUGUAGUUCCCCGACAGCCAUCUUGCCAUUAAUCUGUUUGGCCUUCUAAAAACACAGAUGGCUUCAGUGUGCACUCUAUAGGAAUUUUAGUUUUUUCAAGACUUUUAAAGUUGUUUCUGAGAAACUGUAAGGUAUUUAUGUGAAUGAGAACAUUAAGCUAUGUCUCGCUAUUUCUAAGAUGAUAUUCCUAUGAGUUAACAGACUUUUUGUAUUCUAAUAUCACUGGUUCAAAUAAUAUGCUUGUGUAACAUUAUUAAAUUUUGUCUAUACGUACUGGUGUUAACAAACAUUCUAAUUACUUACAUAAAUAUUAUUUUGUGGGUAGACAUUUUUUCAGUUAGAAAUGGAAAAAUUCAAGGAACCAGUUGAACAAAUUCUGUGAAGAGUUACCUAUAGCAACAUUAUGUUGCUGAGAGUCCUGCAGGGAAUAAGAAAUGUUGUGGGAUCCAGCUUAAGAGUGAGCUCAUGUACAUCCAACUAGAACUUUCAAGACAGAGGAAAAAGUACAAGUGAACAAGCAGUCUCCUUAACGAGACUGUAAGAAUGAUUUUUUUAUGUCUUCUCAGUUUCCCUCCCCAGUACAGUUUGUUACAUGAGGUGGGAAAACCAUAUAUAAGGCCAAAAACUUUUUUUACUUGAUAUGUGCCAUACUUGAGUAACUAGUAUAUUGUAAUCGAUUGAAGUAAUUAAACUUAAGAUGUUUGUAUCUGAUCUACUACAAGUACUUCAUAGUAUUAGCUUAAAUGAUACAUGAGAAUGCUGUGAUGCAUGUUGUACUUCAUGAAGCAUUUCUGAGUCCAUAAACAUAUGGUGAGCUACUAUGAGCAAAAUGUUUUAUACCAAAGAUGAAUGAAUGUUUACUAUAAUUGAGUUUCUAUUUUUCCACAUUGUACAUAUCUCUGAACAUCUUCAAUUUUGCUCACUGCCACAUUCUUACACCACAUAUAAUGAAUCUCAUCUAUACUUGUUUUUAUAGUUGUUUUUAGUACAAAUGUAAAUGCAACUUUACUUGAAUAAAAAAUAACAUAAUGUGA